CCACACUAUAGCCUCCGCAGCCUCCGGUACAGCAACCUCAAGAGGCUUAAACCCACAAGCUCAUCGUACCUGGUGGUGACCGCCGACCACGGCAUUUUCCUCAUCCUCCUCCCCCAGCAAGAUGCUUCCUCUGCGGGCAGUGCCGGGCCAGUUUGGGCCUGAGGUGCGUGAUCCGGGCCUGCGGGCGUGGAGGGUGGAGAAGAUGAAGGCUGUGCCUCUGGAGCAGGAGAGACUGGGGGUCUUCUUUAACGGAGAUGCCUACCUGGUCCUCAGCAACCGUGGAGAGGAAGGGGCUGACCUGCACAUGUGGAUGGGAGAGAAGUCUUCUCGAGAUGAGCAGGGGGCGUGUGCCAUGCUGGCCAUCCAGCUGGACCACUUCCUGGGUGGGCACCCCGUCCAGCAUCGCCAGGUCCAGGGCUACGAGACGCCAGAGUUCAUGAGCCUCUUCCCCACAGGCAUCAGCUACAAGGAGGGGGGAGUGGAGUCGGGGUUCAGGAGGGCGUCCAUCAGCUCCGGGCCGGUCCACCACCUCUACCAGGUCAAAGGGAAACGCAACGUCCGAGCCAAGGAGGUGGAGCUCAGCUGGAGGAGCUUCAACAAGGGAGACUGCUUCGUCUUAGACCUGGGGGAGACCAUUGUGUCAUGGAGUGGAUCGAAGGCCAACAUGUUUGAGCGCCAGAAAGUCCACGAGAUCGCUGCGCUCAUCCGCGACACGGAGAGGAACGGCAAGGCCCAAAUCCUGGACGCCCGAGAGGGAGAGGAGCCACUGGAGAUGGUACAGGUUCUUGGACCAAUCCCACGCCUCAGGGACGGCACGCCGGAGGAUGACACCCAAUCAGAUGUACUGAACUCCGUCACCUUAUACAAGGUGUCUGAUGCCACAGGAUCCAUGGCACUGAGCAUAGUAUCAGACAGAAGCCCAUUUAGUCAGGCGCUCCUGGAGAGGGAGGACUGCUUCAUAUUGGACAAUGGCUACAACGGCAAAAUAUAUGUGUGGAGAGGGCACGGAGCCAACGCGGACGAGAGGAUGAUGUCCCUAAAACUAGCCGACCAGUUCAUCCAGAGGAUGAAAUAUCCCCUGAACACCCAGGUGGAGAUUCUGCCACAGGGACGGGAGUCGGUCCUCUUUAAGCAGUUCUUCAAAAACUGGAGUUAAAUCUGUAGUCAUUUGGUUCCUCUAAUCUAGAGGAAGAUGCAUGGCCACAUACUAAUGAACACAACCCUGCACAUACUCACAUGCACACACACCCGUCUACCAACAUGCACGCACACACACCCGUCUGCCCAUAUAUGUAAGUACACACGUGCACACAUACACACGCACACACGCACACGCACACACACACACACACACGCCCACACACACACACGAUUACCAAGCUUCCAUGCUGAUACGCAAUAUUAGGCACAACAUCAACUAACUCCCUGUAAUAAACCAGUCAUUGACAGAUGGGUCAUUAUACAACCAGUAGUCUUAUCAGAGCCAACAGUUAGUUGUUUAGCCUAUUAUAACAUGAAACUCCCUGAAACACUCCCAAGUUGUUUAUAUUCAUUCCACAUGCUCCUCCACAUGUACUUUACACGUUUGGUAGCACCAACGUCAGACGAAUCCCAGCUCCUCUUCUUACCUGUUUGAAAACAGAUCAAUAAUAUCAACCUUCAAUAUAGAGUAGCUUCUACCAUGUAUCCGCCAACAUAUAAUACAGCUUUUAAAAACAUAAAUAAAAAAAAAUAAAAAAAUAAAAAUUGAAAAGUAUAAAUUG